GACAGUGCUGCCAGAUUUUACAGGCCGCUCCACUUCCUCGUCGUGUGUGUCUAUGUGCGUGCGUGCAAAAAAAUACGACAAGUUUGUUGGGUCCUGUCAAGUUUUAGAAGCACCGACACAAUGCCCGCCGAAGUCGAAAAAGCGCCGGGGGACCAGGCCAGCGAAACCAAGCCCGCAGAGGAGCCUCCCAAGACCGUACUGACCCUCGAAAUCCUGCAGAUAAUAAAGGAUGCUCAGCAGAAGCAUGGGCUCAGGCAUGGAGACUACCAGCGUUACAGGGGCUACUGCAGCAGGCGUCUUCGCCGCCUGCGCAAGUCGUUGCACUUCCUGCAGGGCAACAAGCACCGGUACCAGGGACGCGAGGUGACAGAUGAGCUCCUUGGGGGCGGCGAUGCCCGGUACCUGCUCAUGAUCGUUGUCCAGUGUGAGCGGGCGUGGGCACACGCCAUGCAGCUGCGUCAGGAGGCCAACACAGAGCCGCGCAAGCGGUUCCACCUGUUCGGCCGUCUGCGCAAGGCUGUCAAGCAUGCACAGGCCUUGGAAGCAUUGUGUACAGCAUCGACAAGAUGUGAUGCUCGCUGCAAGCUGGAAGCACAGGCCUACUGCGCUUAUCUGGAGGGAACCCUGCACACUGAACUGCAGCAGUGGAAGGAAGCCAUGGAGAGCUUCAGCAAGGCGCAGACCAUCUACGAGAAGUUGGCCCAGGCUCUCGGAGAGAUUCCACGUGCCCUCUACCAGCAGCGGGUGGACGAGCUGAGCCCAAGCCUGCGCUACUGUGCGUACAACAUCGGUGAUGAGACGGCCAUCUCGGACCUGAAGCGCAUGAGGCUUCAGGGCAACGUUAACAUGGGCAACGAGCUGGAUCACCUGAUCGAGCAGGCACGUGAGAAGCAAGCAAGUAGCCUGUCGGAGGUGACGUGGCUGGGCCGCACGGUGCCUGUGCGGCACGAGAAGGUGCGGCUGUUCCUGUUGGCUGCACAGGAGGCGCCCCGCGAGCUGGCGCAGGCACCCGACAUCGAGGCCAAGAUUGCCGUGCACGAGCGGCUGCUCUUUGACUGCAAGGAUGCGCUGCAGCUCCUGCGUGAAGACCUGCGUGCCGAAGGAGGCGGUGGUCUUCAGGGCAAGGGCCCGGUGUCUGCACUGCAGCUGCUGCACUCGUACCUGAUGUACCUGCGCCAGCGCACCACGGUCGAGCGCAACCUGCUGCUCAUACGCCAGCUGGCAGAGAACGAGUCGGGCCCCAAGAAGCCCCAGGACCUCGUCCGGCCGUACGAGAUCAUCGUCCAGUGCUUGGGUGAGAUGCUGCAGCUGCCAGGCGUGGAAGAGGGCUCAGACUUUGCCGAGCAGGUCCAGGCGGAGCUGCUGCUGUACAAGGCGCACCGGGUCCGUCACAUUGGGCAGGCACUGGCUGCGGCAGGCCGCUACCCAGAGGCAAUGGCGCUGUACCGGCGCGGACGCGACUAUGUCCAGCAAGCCCUCGCCGUCUCAUCUCAUCUGAGCAAGGAGGCAGUGGCUUCGUUGAAGGAGCUAGAUGGCAUCCUAGAGGGCCAGGUGUACUCGGUGCAUGCUCAAAGCAUUCUCGGAUCAGAGGCUGAAGCACCCACACCUGAGGACAAUAAGGAGGUUCAGUUACUGGUAGACCGUCUGGACACUUACCUUGAGGACAAGAGUCUGACAUCCUCAAAGCCCAACAUUGCCGCCUUUCCACCACCAUUCGAGCCCAUUCCAUGCAAACCGCUGUUCUUUGACCUCGCUCUCAACCAUAUCGAGUUCCCAUCGCUUGACGACGUUGUCGACACAAAGAAGGGCCAAGGCUUGACAGGCUUUGUCAAGGGAUGGCUGGGCGGAUGGAAGAAGUAGCCUCUGGUGUUUGUUUAAGUACACAGUGUGCUUCACCUCUCGUUCUCAGAGUUUCACUUUGUUUGAAAACACUGUGCCUGAAUAAAAUGACAGAGCCACC